AGGUUGAUGCAAAAACUGAUGAAGUGUUUGCAAAGAUAGAUUUACUUCCUGUGUCAAAUACCGCUCAAAAAGGAGAAAGUUCAUCAUCUAGGGAAAAAGUGCCAUCCUAUUGCUUUAUGACUAGCGAUAGUUCAAAUUUAUUCUUCAAAAGGCUCAACCCAUCAGACAUUGGUGAUCCUGCUGCACUACAUCUCCCUAAGGUAGCGGGUCAAGAUUUUUUUACAAGAUUGCCGGGCACAUUCCAGGAAUUGCAUAAAAAGAGUUUCAUGGCAAAGGAUUUACAUGGGGAUCAAUGGUCAUUCACCCUUUCAUAUAUCGGCAAUCCAAAGCGCUACAUUCUUCUUGGUGGUUGGAACACAUUUGUCCAACAGAAGAGUCUUGUGGCCGGGGAUAUUUGCUUCUUUGUGAGAGGCGUCGAUAAUGAGUUGUGGGUUGGAUUCAGACGCAAAACAAAUCCAAGAAAAUUACCGGCACCGGCAAUAUCAUGCUCUAGCAUGAUACGUGGCUUAUUGUCGAAUGCCUACAUUGCUCUAUGUACCAAUACUGCAUUUACAAUAUACUACUACCCUUGGAUUUGCCCUGCAAAGUUUCUGAUUCAGUAUGAGCAAUACAUGAAGG